AUGACAAAAACUUAUUUCAUCACCGGCGCUAACCGCGGUAUCGGACUUUCUAUAGCCAAGCAAUUGGCAGCCGACCCCGAUGUUGAGGUUAUUGCAACUGCCAGGAACCCUGCUAGCGCUGCUGACUUGCAAGAGUUGGCCAAAUCCAAUUCUCGUGUAAAGCUUGUUCAAUUGGAUGUGAGCGAUGAGGACAGUAUUAAGAAGGCUGGUGCCGAGGUUGCAAAAUUGACAGAUUCAAUUGACGUUUUCAUUAGCAACGGAGCCAUUGGGGAGUCUUACACCUCUGUUUUGGAAACGUCGAAGGAGCAGUGGGUAAACCAUUACAACACCAAUGCUUUGGGUCCAGUCCUCUUGCUCAAACAGCUCUACCCACUUGUCAAGAAGGGUACUGAAAAGAAGAUUAUUUUUGUUUCCACUAUGGCUGCUUCCUUGGGAUUGACUCUCCCAAUCAACUUCUCUGCUUAUGGACAAUCGAAGGCUGCUCUUAAUUACACUGUCAAGGAUUUGGCCAAGGAAUUGCGGGAGGAUGGAUCCAUUGUUAUCGCUGUUCACCCUGGUGUAGUUAGUACCGACAUGAACAAGGCUGCUGCUCAAUUUCUCAGCGAACAAAGUCCCGAGGCUGGGGAGUUCUUUGCGCUGAGCGAGAGCAUUACUCCGGACAAGAGUGCUGAAGAUUUGCUUGAUUUGUUCAAGGGAUUGACGGAGGAAUCGAAUGGAAAGUUUUUUAGCUACGACAAGUCUGAGAUUCCAUGGUAG